UUUCCCAUCCCUCGCCAUCCGGCUCCAUCCGCUCCCCUCCCGGCCCCGCCGCCGUGGGAACGUGCCGAGCCCGGCCCGCCUCGGCCCCCUCGGCCCGGCUCGCUCGCCUCCGCCGGCCCCGCCGAGCCCCGGCCGCGGGCGGAGGACAUGGCCGCGCACAGGCCGGUGGAGUGGGUCCAGGCCGUGGUGAGCCGCUUCGACGAGCAGCUUCCAAUAAAAACAGGACAGCAAAACACACAUACCAAAGUCAGUACCGAACACAACAAGGAAUGUCUUAUCAAUAUUUCCAAAUAUAAGUUUUCUUUGGUUAUAAGUGGCCUCACCAAUAUCUUAAAGAACGUUAACAAUAUGAGAAUAUUUGGAGAAGCUGCUGAAAAGAACUUGUAUCUCUCUCAGUUGAUUAUAUUGGAUACACUGGAAAAAUGUCUUGCUGGACAACCUAAGGACACAAUGAGGUUAGAUGAAACAAUGCUGGUCAAGCAGUUGUUGCCAGAAAUCUGCCAUUUUCUUCACACGUGUCGCGAAGGAAACCAACAUGCAGCUGAACUUCGAAAUUCUGCCUCUGGAGUUUUAUUUUCUCUCAGCUGCAAUAACUUCAAUGCAGUUUUUAGUCGUAUUUCUACCAGGUUGCAAGAAUUGACGGUUUGUUCAGAAGAUAAUGUUGAUGUUCAUGAUAUAGAAUUGUUACAGUAUAUCAAUGUAGAUUGUGCAAAAUUAAAACGACUUCUGAAGGAAACAGCAUUUAAAUUUAAAGCCUUAAAGAAGGUUGCACAGUUAGCUGUUAUAAAUAGCCUGGAAAAAGCAUUUUGGAACUGGGUAGAAAAUUAUCCAGAUGAAUUUACAAAGCUAUACCAGAUUCCACAGACUGAUAUGGCUGAGUGUGCUGAAAAACUAUUUGACUUAGUGGAUGGUUUUGCUGAAAGUACCAAACGGAAAGCAGCAGUUUGGCCACUGCAGAUUAUUCUCCUUAUUUUAUGUCCAGAAAUAAUCCAGGAUAUAUCCAGGGAUGUGGUUGAUGAGAACAACAUGAAUAAGAAGUUGUUUCUGGACAGUCUACGAAAAGCCCUUGCUGGCCAUGGAGGAAGCAGGCAGCUGACUGAGAGUGCUGCCAUUGCUUGUGUCAAGUUGUGUAAAGCAAGUACUUACAUCAAUUGGGAAGAUAAUUCUGUCAUUUUUCUGCUUGUUCAGUCCAUGGUGGUUGAUCUUAAGAACCUGCUUUUUAAUCCCAGUAAACCAUUCUCAAGAGGCAGUCAGCCUGCAGAUGUGGAUCUAAUGAUUGAUUGUCUUGUUUCUUGCUUCCGUAUAAGCCCUCACAAUAACCAACACUUUAAGAUCUGCUUGGCUCAGAAUUCUCCUUCUACAUUUCACUAUGUGCUGGUAAAUUCACUCCAUCGAAUCAUCACCAAUUCUGCACUGGAUUGGUGGCCUAAGAUUGAUGCAGUAUAUUGUCACUCAGUUGAACUACGAAGUAUGUUCGGCGAAACACUUAAUAAAGCAGUGCAGGGUUGUGGGACACACCCACCUAUACGGAUGGCACCGAGUCUUACAUUUAAAGAAAAAGUUACAAGCCUUAAAUUUAAAGAAAAACCUACAGACUUGGAGACAAGAAGCUAUAAGUAUCUUCUUUUGUCCAUGGUGAAACUAAUUCAUGCGGAUCCAAAGCUCUUGCUUUGUAAUCCAAGAAAACAAGGGCCUGAAACCCAAGGCAGUACAGCAGAAUUAAUUACAGGGCUCGUCCAACUGGUUCCUCAGUCUCACAUGCCAGAGAUUGCUCAGGAAGCAAUGGAGGCUCUGCUGGUUCUUCAUCAGUUAGAUAGCAUUGAUUUAUGGAAUCCUGAUGCUCCUGUAGAAACCUUUUGGGAAAUCAGCUCACAAAUGCUCUUUUAUAUCUGCAAGAAAUUAACUAGUCAUCAAAUGCUUAGCAGCACAGAAAUUCUCAAAUGGUUACGGGAAAUUUUGAUCUGUCGGAAUAAAUUUCUUCUUAAGAAUAAGCAGGCAGAUAGAAGUUCCUGUCAUUUUCACUUCCUAUAUGGGAUUGGAUGUGAUGUUCCUUCAAGUGGGACGACUACUCAGAUGUCCAUGGAUCAUGAAGAUUUCCUGCGAACCUGUACUCCUGGAGCCUCUCUCCGAAAAGGAAAAGGAAAUUUAUCCAUAGAUAGUGGGGCAGGAUGCAGUGGAACCCCACCAAUAUGUCGACAAGCCCAGACCAAACUAGAAGUGGCCCUCUACAUGUUUCUAUGGAGCCCUGACACUGAAGCUGUUCUGGUUGCCAUGUCCUGUUUUCGCCAUCUCUGCGAGGAAGCAGAUAUUCGGUGUGGGGUGGAUGAAGUGUCAGUGCAUAACUUUUUGCCCAACUAUAACACAUUUAUGGAGUUUGCCUCUGUCAGCAAUAUGAUGUCAACAGGAAGAGCAGCACUUCAGAAAAGAGUGAUGGCACUCUUACGGCGUAUUGAACACCCUACUGCAGGAAAUACCGAGGCUUGGGAAGAUACACAUACAAAAUGGGAACAAGCUACAAAAUUAAUCCUCAAUUAUCCAAAAGCCAAAAUGGAAGAUGGCCAGACUCCUGAAAGCCUUCACAAGACCAUUGUUAAGAGGCGAAUGUCUCAUGUCAGUGGAGGAGGAUCCAUAGAUUUGUCUGACGCUGACUCCUUACAGGAAUGGAUCAACAUGACUGGCUUCCUUUGUGCUCUUGGAGGAGUGUGCUUACAGCAGAGAAGCAAUUCUGGACUGGCAACCUAUAGCCCACCCAUGGGCCCAGUCAGUGAACGAAAAGGUUCAAUGAUUUCAGUAAUGUCUGCAGAAGGAAAUGCAGAUACACCUGUCAGCAAAUUUAUGGAUCGGCUGCUAUCCUUAAUGGUGUGUAACCAUGAGAAAGUGGGCCUUCAGAUACGUACCAAUGUUAAGGAUCUCGUGGGUCUAGAAUUGAGUCCUGCUCUUUAUCCAAUGCUAUUUAACAAAUUGAAGAAUAUCAUCAGCAAGUUUUUUGACUCUCAAGGACAGGUUUUAUUGACUGACACCAAUACUCAAUUUGUAGAACAAACCAUAGCUAUAAUGAAGAACUUAUUAGAUAAUCCUACUGAAGGCAGCUCUGAACAUCUGGGGCAAGCUAGCAUUGAAACAAUGAUGUUAAAUCUGGUCAGAUAUGUUCGUGUGCUUGGGAAUCUGGUCCAUGCAAUUCAGAUAAAAACGAAACUGUGUCAGUUAGUUGAGGUAAUGAUGGCAAGGAGGGAUGACCUUUCAUUUUGUCAAGAGAUGAAAUUUAGGAAUAAGAUGGUAGAAUACUUGACAGACUGGGUUAUGGGAACAUCAAACCAAGCAGCAGAUGAUGAUGUAAAAUGUCUUACAAGAGACUUGGACCAGGCAAGCAUGGAGGCUGUCGUUUCACUCCUGGCUGGUCUCCCAUUACAGCCCGAAGAAGGAGAUGGUGUGGAAUUGAUGGAAGCCAAAUCACAGUUAUUUCUUAAGUAUUUCACAUUGUUUAUGAACCUUUUGAAUGACUGUAGUGAAGUUGAAGAUGAAAGUGUUCAAACAGGUGGCAGGAAACGUGGUAUGUCUCGUCGGCUGGCAUCACUGAGGCACUGUACAGUGCUUGCAAUGUCCAACUUACUCAAUGCCAAUGUGGAUAGUGGCCUCAUGCAUUCUAUAGGUUUAGGUUAUCACAAAGAUCUCCAGACAAGAGCUACAUUUAUGGAAGUUCUGACAAAAAUCCUCCAACAAGGCACAGAAUUUGACACACUUGCAGAAACGGUGUUGGCAGAUCGGUUUGAGAGACUGGUGGAAUUGGUCACGAUGAUGGGUGAUCAGGGAGAACUUCCUAUAGCUAUGGCUCUGGCCAAUGUGGUCCCUUGUUCUCAGUGGGAUGAACUUGCUCGAGUUUUAGUGACUCUGUUUGAUUCUCGGCAUUUACUCUAUCAAUUGCUCUGGAACAUGUUUUCUAAGGAAGUAGAAUUGGCAGACUCCAUGCAGACUCUUUUCCGGGGCAACAGUUUAGCCAGUAAAAUAAUGACCUUCUGUUUCAAGGUGUAUGGUGCUACCUACUUGCAAAAACUUCUAGAUCCUUUAUUACGAGUUGUGAUCACAUCCUCUGAUUGGCAACAUGUUAGCUUUGAAGUGGAUCCUACAAGAUUAGAGCAUUCAGAGAGCCUUGAGGAAAACCAGCGGAACCUCCUUCAAAUGACUGAAAAGUUCUUCCAUGCCAUCAUCAAUUCCUCUUCAGAAUUUCCUCCACAGCUUCGAAGCGUGUGCCACUGUUUAUACCAGGUUGUAAGUCAGCGUUUUCCUCAGAACAGCAUUGGAGCGGUAGGAAGUGCCAUGUUCCUCAGAUUCAUCAAUCCUGCCAUUGUCUCUCCCUAUGAAGCAGGGAUUUUAGAUAAAAAGCCACCACCUAGAAUUGAGAGGGGCUUAAAGUUAAUGUCAAAGAUACUACAGAGUAUUGCCAAUCAUGUUCUCUUCACAAAAGAAGAGUAUAUGCGGCCUUUCAAUGAUUUUGUGAAAAACAACUUUGAUGCAGCGCGAAGGUUUUUCCUUGACAUUGCAUCUGAUUGUCCUACAAGUGAUGCAGUAAAUCAUAGUCUUUCCUUCAUCAGUGAUGGCAAUGUACUUGCUUUACAUCGUCUACUCUGGAAUAAUCAAGAGAAGAUUGGCCAGUAUCUUUCCAGCAAUAGGGAUCAUAAAGCUGUUGGAAGAAGACCUUUUGAUAAAAUGGCAACACUCCUUGCAUACUUGGGUCCUCCAGAGCACAAACCUGUGGCUGAUACACACUGGUCCAGUCUUAAUCUUACCAGUUCAAAGUUUGAGGAGUUUAUGACGAGGCAUCAAGUACAUGAAAAAGAAGAAUUCAAAGCUUUGAAAACAUUAAGUAUAUUUUACCAAGCUGGGACUUCCAAAGCUGGGAAUCCUAUUUUUUACUAUGUUGCUCGGAGGUUUAAAACUGGUCAGAUCAAUGGUGAUUUGCUGAUAUAUCAUGUCUUGCUGACUUUAAAGCCAUAUUAUGCAAAGCCAUAUGAAAUUGUAGUGGACCUUACCCAUACUGGGCCCAGCAAUCGCUUUAAAACAGACUUUCUCUCCAAGUGGUUUGUUGUUUUCCCUGGUUUUGCUUAUGACAAUGUCUCUGCAGUCUAUAUCUAUAACUGUAACUCUUGGGUCAGGGAGUACACUAAGUAUCACGAGCGACUACUGACUGGCCUUAAAGGUAGCAAAAGACUUAUUUUCAUCGAUUGUCCAGGAAAACUGGCUGAGCACAUAGAGCAUGAGCAACAGAAACUCCCUGCUGCCACCUUAGCUUUAGAAGAGGACCUGAAGGUGUUCCACAAUGCUCUAAAGCUAGCUCACAAAGAUACCAAGGUUUCUAUUAAAGUUGGUUCUACAGCUGUUCAAGUUACCUCAGCAGAGCGAACAAAAGUCCUGGGGCAGUCAGUCUUCCUAAAUGAUAUCUACUAUGCUUCAGAGAUUGAAGAGAUUUGCUUAGUGGAUGAGAACCAGUUCACCUUAACCAUUGCAAAUCAGGGCACGCCACUCACCUUCAUGCACCAGGAGUGUGACGCCAUUGUCCAGUCUAUCAUUCACAUCAGGACACGCUGGGAACUGUCACAGCCUGAUUCCAUCCCCCAGCACACCAAGAUUCGACCAAAAGAUGUCCCUGGGACAUUGCUCAACAUCGCGUUACUUAAUUUAGGUAGUUCAGACCCUAGUUUGCGGUCAGCUGCCUAUAAUCUGCUGUGUGCCUUAACUUGUACCUUUAAUUUAAAAAGAGGCCAGUUACUGGAGACAUCAGGUUUAUGUAUCCCUGCCAACAAUACCCUUUUUAUUGUCUCCAUUAGUAAGACACUGGCAGCCAAUGAGCCACACCUCACCUUGGAAUUUUUGGAAGAGUGCAUUUCUGGAUUUAGCAAAUCUAGUAUUGAAUUGAAACAUCUUUGUUUGGAAUACAUGACUCCAUGGCUGUCAAAUCUAGUUCGUUUUUGUAAGCACAAUGAUGAUGCCAAACGACAAAGAGUUACUGCCAUUCUUGAUAAGCUGAUAACAAUGACUAUUAAUGAGAAACAGAUGUACCCUUCAAUUCAAGCAAAAAUAUGGGGGAGCCUUGGGCAGAUUACAGAUCUUCUCGAUGUGGUACUAGACAGUUUCAUCAAAACCAGUGCAACAGGUGGUUUGGGAUCAAUAAAAGCUGAAGUGAUGGCAGAUACUGCUGUAGCUUUGGCUUCUGGAAAUGUAAAAUUGGUUUCAAGCAAGGUAAUCGGAAGAAUGUGCAAAAUAAUCGACAAGACAUGCUUAUCUCCAACUCCUACUUUAGAGCAACAUCUUAUGUGGGACGAUAUUGCUAUUCUAGCACGCUACAUGCUAAUGCUGUCCUUCAACAAUUCCCUUGAUGUGGCAGCUCAUCUCCCCUACCUCUUCCAUGUUGUAACUUUCUUAGUGGCCACUGGGCCACUUUCCCUGAGGAGCCCCACACACGGAUUGGUCAUUAAUAUCAUUCACUCUCUGUGUACAUGUUCACAGCUUCAUUUUAGUGAAGAAACCAAGCAAGUUUUAAGGCUCAGUUUGACAGAGUUUUCAUUACCCAAAUUUUACUUGUUGUUUGGCAUUAGCAAAGUCAAAUCAGCUGCUGUCAUUGCAUUUCGUUCCAGUUACCGAGACAGGUCAUUCUCUCCUGGCUCCUAUGAAAGGGAAACUUUUGCUUUAACAUCCUUGGAAACAGUCACAGAAGCUUUGUUGGAAAUCAUGGAGGCGUGUAUGAGAGAUAUUCCAACAUGCAAAUGGCUAGACCAGUGGACAGAACUAGCUCAAAGAUUUGCAUUCCAAUAUAAUCCAUCCCUGCAACCAAGAGCUCUUGUUGUCUUUGGCUGUAUUAGCAAACGAGUGUCUCAUGGGCAGAUAAAGCAGAUUAUUCGUAUUCUUAGCAAGGCACUGGAGAGUUGCUUAAAAGGACCUGAUACUUACAACAGUCAAGUUCUGAUAGAAGCUACAGUAAUUGCACUAACCAAAUUGCAACCACUUCUUAAUAAGGACUCUCCUUUACACAAAGCCCUCUUUUGGGUAGCUGUGGCUGUGCUGCAGCUGGAUGAGGUCAACUUGUAUUCAGCAGGCACUGCACUUCUUGAACAAAACCUACACACCUUAGAUAGUCUCCGGAUAUUCAAUGAUAAGAGUCCAGAGGAAGUAUUUAUGGCGAUUCGAAAUCCUCUGGAAUGGCACUGCAAGCAAAUGGAUCAUUUUGUUGGACUCAAUUUUAACUCUAAUUUUAACUUUGCACUGGUUGGACACCUCUUAAAAGGAUAUAGACAUCCUUCACCUGCUAUUGUUGCAAGAACUGUCAGAAUUUUGCAUACACUACUAACUCUGGUUAACAAACAUAGAAAUUGUGAUAAAUUUGAAGUGAAUACACAGAGUGUGGCUUAUUUAGCAGCUUUACUCACAGUGUCUGAGGAGGUUCGAAGUCGCUGUAGCCUAAAACAUAGAAAGUCUCUUCUUCUUACUGAUAUUUCAAUGGAAAAUGUUCCUAUGGAUACGUAUCCCAUUCAUCAUGGUGACCCUAGCUAUAGGACACUAAAGGAGACUCAGCCAUGGUCCUCUCCCAAAGGUUCUGAAGGGUACCUUACAACCACCUAUCCAAAUGUGGGCCAGACCAGUCCCCGAGCCAGGAAAUCCAUGAGUUUGGACAUGGGGCAGCCUUCUCAGGCCAACACUAAGAAGUUGCUUGGAACCAGGAAAAGUUUUGAUCACUUGAUAUCAGACACAAAGGCUCCUAAAAGACAAGAAAUGGAAUCAGGAAUCACAACACCACCUAAAAUGAGGAGGGUAGCAGAAACUGAUUAUGAAAUGGAAACUCAAAGGAUUUCCUCAUCACAGCAGCACCCUCAUUUACGUAAAGUUUCAGUGUCUGUAUCAAAUGUUCUUUUGGAUGAAGAAGUACUUACUGAUCCGAAGAUCCAAGCACUUCUUCUGACUGUUCUUGCUACACUGGUAAAAUAUACCACAGAUGAAUUUGAUCAGCGAAUUCUUUAUGAAUACUUAGCAGAAGCCAGUGUUGUUUUCCCCAAAGUUUUUCCAGUUGUGCAUAAUUUGUUGGACUCUAAGAUCAAUACCCUGCUGUCAUUGUGCCAAGAUCCAAAUUUAUUAAACCCUAUUCAUGGAAUUGUGCAAAGUGUGGUAUACCAUGAAGAAUCCCCACCACAGUACCAAACAGCUUACCUGCAAAGUUUUGGUUUUAAUGGCCUAUGGCGGUUUGCAGGACCCUUUUCAAAGCAAACACAAAUCCCAGACUAUGCUGAGCUUAUUGUUAAAUUUCUUGAUGCCUUGAUUGACACGUAUUUGCCUGGAAUUGAUGAAGAAACCAGUGAGGAGUCCCUCCUGACACCCACCUCUCCUUAUCCUCCUGCAGUGCAGAGCCAGCUUAGUAUUACUGCUAACCUUAACCUUUCUAAUUCCAUGACCUCACUUGCAACUUCCCAGCAUUCCCCAGGAAUCGACAAGGAGAAUGUGGAGCUCUCCCCUACCACUGGGCACUGUAACAGUGGACGAACUCGCCAUGGAUCCGCAAGCCAAGUGCAAAAACAACGAAGCGCUGGCAGUUUCAAACGUAAUAGCAUUAAGAAGAUCGUGUGAAGCUUUCUUUCUUUCCUUUUUCAAACAGUCCUAACUGACACGGGCUCUUCACCAGUGACCCUUUCACCACCGUGCUGUGAUGCUGCACUUCAUGUUUUCUAAUGAGCCCAACCAGUCCGCCAUGUUGCCAGAUGAUCAACUCUUGGAAGCAUUGCCUAAAUUUAAUGCUGCUUUUCCUUUAACUUUUUCUCUCCUACUUUUGGUGUAUGACUGGUCUAAGCAAGUGUUCAGACAGCUGCAAAUGAAGUUGGAGGUCCAGGACACUUGAACUGAGAACCUCCCAUUUGUAAGAGAGGAUGAAUUACUGAAUACUGCUAUUACUAGCCAACUAUGAAAGCCAUUUGCACAGAGCUCUGCCUUCUAUGUUUUUCCCCUCCAUCAUACAGAGUAAAGUGUUAGUCUUAUUUACAUACUUUUCAAGAUAGACACUUAUGGAAGAAAUAAUAUUAUAACCCCAGUAUGUUUAAUCUGACUUUUAGCUGUGGACUUUUUUUUACCGUUAACAAAACUGAAGGAGGAAUAUAGAGGUCCAAGCCUCAGUGACUACACACCACAAAGCCACAGGCGAGGUACUUUUGGGGGGUGGAGGGACUUAGUAUUUUGUAGUGGGUUCUUAAAUACUAACACUUGAGUAUUAGCAAUAAUUACAGAAAAAGAAGCAUAACUACAUAUCUUAAUAUCACUGAAUUAAAGCUCUGGUUUCUGAGGCCUUAUCCAAACUCAGUCAUCCAAACGAGUUUACUUUUUCCUCAAGUUGAUUUUUACUCUUUAAACAUGCUAAUUAUUGUGGGGUUUUGUUUUCAUAAGCAAAAACUAUACUGAGUAUAGUAUUAUACAUGUCCCCCUCCUCUGCUUUUUCCCUAGUUAAUUUUGAGCAAAGUAGACAGUGAACAAAGUGUUGAAAAUUAUUCCUACAAGAUAAUUUUCCUAGAUAUUUACAUUAGCUCCAUAGCAAAAUGGAAUGGUACGUGACUUUCAGGCGUAGCCAGCGCUUUCAUUUUGUUUAAUAAUCCCCCCCCAAACUCAGACUCUGUUAUAUAUUAUCAAAAAGUUAUUUGACAAUAUGUAUUUUAAAUGUCUUCACUUUUUCCUUUUCCCCAAAAUCAGGACUCUCUUUAGCAAAACUCUUGAACUCUAGCUGAUAGAAAUAUAUUAAUCACUGUGAGAAGACUGGUCAGCCUUCGUCAGUAUGGGUACAGGGACCUGAAGCGCUGCUGCUGUGCUGGGUGGGUGGGGUGGACUCCCACAGCAUCAGAAUUCCCGUUAUAUGCAGAUUCCAUUUCUUUGUGGUGCCUACAAUAUGCAAAGUAAUUUAAGUGAGCACAUUGUUAUCUGGAUGUUCCAGUUGAGACUAGAACCAUAUUUAUUCCAGAAAGAUAUUAUCCCCUUACUCCCAACUACUCUUUAUGUACUGAGAUGAAACAGCUUUGGGGAGAGGAAGGGACACUGAGGGAAGGGAAAUUUCCUGUAGAGCUAUUUCGUGAGUGGAUGUCAGUAAAUUAAAUUCCACAGCUAAAUCAACAAAUAAUGGUACAUUUACGUGUUCUGAUUUUAAUAAUAUACAUUUCACAUUUAUCUACACAGUAACAAUGUAAUAUGUUAAUGUAAAUAAAAUUGCUUUUGAUAUUCAGAAAUAAGAA